GGUUACUAAAGAUUGACGUCCAUUCCACAGUUUCUCUGUAGGCAUUAAAUAUAAACUGAAAGAUAAUCGAUUCUCCUGUUUUAUCUAGUCAGUACAUGAAAUGUCCACAGGUAAUGAACAAAAUUGAACUUGUCAGCUGAGCAGAGGUCUACAUUAAUGUCACCACACACAGUUGUCUACCGUCUAGCAAACCUUCUUGUCCUACAGCAGUAUGUAGAUGAAAAGGACACACAGUGAAGGUCACGCUUCCUCCGCUUGUGCCGUUUGCCCCGAGUUCGUGAGGGUCUCCCCGUCACUGUUAUCACCUGCCGGAGUGACAGUGUGACACGUCUGCUGAGCAGUUGCUCUGCCACUUCUGUCAGAUGUGAAAAUGUUUGAAAAUUUAACGCCAGUCCCUCUUUGUAUUAAGUUAUAUCUGGAUUCCUCACAGCUUGCUGCUUGAUGUUUUAUGCCAGAGAGCCAUAAAAUUAUAGACAUCUGUGUGUGUUUGCUUAGAGCUCCUCUCCAUUUGACUUCUCACAAGGUCGUACUCUUAAGUGAGCUGCAUCUCUUGGACUACAUGUUUUUUAUGCUUCUUCAGUACUGGUAGACCCAGCCUGGACCUUGAAUAAUGUACACAAGUUAUCGUUGUGGCUGAAGGGAACAGUUUUAGACUAAAUUUUUCCACUUAUACCCAGUACUGAACUUUCAUAUGAACUUUUAUAGUAAAAGACUUAUAAUAAAUAAGACACAAGGGUAGUAUUCUACAUAUUUUGAAUUUCACGCAUGAGAUGAACAUUUUUCAUAUGUUCUGAAGAGAGCUGACAAUCUUUCAUUCAGCAUUGAACUUGGCAUUAAAAACAAAGAAUAGAGUCAAAGAUAUUAAAUCAAGGUACCUCUUUACAAUAAGGAUACCCUUUGCUACUUAUAAAUGGUACUAACUCAUUAAUAAGAAGAAAACCGUGGUAUAACUUGUUUAUAAUUGUCUAGUAAUGAUUUACAAAGUGUUACAAUAUAAUUAAUAACCUGCUUAUAAACCAUUCAUAAUCCCUUUAUAAGGGUAGCCUUAUUGUAAAGUGGCACAAAAUCUAUUAUAUGUAUAUGUUCUUGAUGGGAUUUCCCAAGUGGUGCAUUAAUUCACACGGUAAGCUAGGAUCCCUUAUGUUUAAUGCCACAUAUUUUUUUAUGCCUUAAAGUUGCUCCACGUUUUUGUAAACGUGUCAAGUAAUGUUUGUAAUUCAUAAACUAAAAGGGGUCCUUUAUUCUCUGUGUGUCUCACUGAAGCUAGAUCCUAUUAAAUUUAUCCUACGAAAAAACACCAGGCCGGCACGGUAGUUCGCUGGGUGUUAAGUUUCCCCUUUUUUGUGUUUGGAUUCGUGCAGGGAGGCCACAUCAUGUGCGGCCUUUCCCCCCUGCGGGGGACUUCCUUUCUUGCCCUAAUGGCAUGAUUGACCACACAUGCCUCCAAAUGACUCGUGGGCCACGGUUCAGCUUUCUGACUCACAGGCAGUGGCGCUGACAUCCUCCCCAGAAGCGACGCAGAGCUACCAUCUCCGCUCACGUGCGAGUCUCAUUCCCGGCUCCGGCUAGGACCUCCUGGCCCCAGCCCACCACUUUCACACAUAAAAGGCUGUUUUUGCGUAAAUUAGUUUAAUAGCCGCUCGGUCUGUAUUAUCUCAGGAGAAAAGAAUGCAAAACAAUGAGCUUCCCAGCAAACAAAUGUGAGUUUACUGCAUGAAAUACACAGGGGUGAUCUGAAAUAUAUUUCUGAUAAAAUACAGAGAAAUGAGAACAUUUCAGUAAUGUUGAUUCAGUCUUAAAAAUACAGAGAUAAAAUAGUUGCCUUUGCCGACAUAUAAUACUGUUUUUCUUAAGAAAAAGUAAUAAAAGAGACUUGUGCCAAAGUUUAGGCACAUGCCAAUACAAACCAGUCUGUUUUUUUUUCACUGAAAUUAACUGAAGCAUGGAAACGCAUGUUAGAGUAUUAACCACAUCAAAGCUUCAUGCAAAUUUCAACAAUAUACACGCCGAGAACGGAAAGCAGCGCUAAAAAACAAAAGGCCUCCAAGCAUGUAGUGUCUCAGUGCUGUGUGGUCCCGGCCGGCUUCCCCUUCCCCUGUCUUGAGCCUAUGAGCUGGCUGGGGGCCUCUCUUUCAACACACCCCGGGCUUUAAAAGGGCCAGGCUGGAGGUCUGCGGAGGCACUCGUGUCCUGCGCAGCUGUAGGAGGCUCUCAGAAGCGAUGCAGUCGGCGCAGCGCCGCCGUCCCGAUCGGCUGCUCCUGCUUUGCGUCCUGCUCGUUGUCCCCAGCGACGUGCAGCUCACAGAUACCCAGGAGAGAGAGCCAGCUUACUGGAAUGCCCAGGCCAGGGAGACCCUACAGACUGCGCUGAAGUUGCGUCCACUGGACCAUCGCGCUAAGAACAUCAUCUUAUUCUUGGGGGAUGGGAUGGGGGUGUCUACUGUGUCAGCGGCGCGCAUUCUGCGGGGGCAGAUGGAGGGCCACUCAGGGGAGGAGACGGUGCUGGCCAUGGACACCUUUCCGUACCUCGCCCUGUCCAAGACAUACAGCGUGGACAAGCAAGUGGCGGACAGCGCGAGCACGGCCACAGCCUACCACUGUGGCAUCAAGGCCAACGCCAAGACGGUGGGUCUCAGCGCUGCCGCCGUGCCCUACCAAUGCAACUCGACCUUCGGCAAUGAGGUGCAGUCUGUGCUGCACCGCGCCAAAGCGCAAGGCAAAUCGGUGGGCAUCGUGACCACCACGCGCGUCCAGCACGCCUCGCCGGCGGCUGCCUACGCCCACUCAGUGAGCCGCAGCUGGUACAGUGACUCCGACAUGCCCUCCAGUGCCCGGCGGCAAGGUUGCACGGACAUAGCCACGCAGCUGGUCGCCAAUACCGACAUUGAUGUGAUCUUGGGUGGGGGUCGCAUGUACAUGACGCCAAAAGGGACACCAGAUCCUGAGUACCCCACCUCCACCUCCCGCCAAGGGGACCGAAAGGACAAAAAGGACCUGAUAGAUGUUUGGCUGAAGGCCAGACAGUCAAGGAAUGCACAGUAUGUUUGGCACAAGGAGCAGUUUGAUGCUGUGGAUGUGAAAUCCACAGACAGCCUCAUGGGCUUGUUUGAGCCUAAGGACAUGAAGUUUGAGCUGUUCCGAAACAGCACACGAGACCCGUCCAUUGUCGAUAUGACAGAGAAAGCCAUUCACAUCCUCCGCAAGAACCCGAAAGGCUUCUUCCUCUUUGUGGAAGGAGGGAGAAUCGACCAUGGGCAUCAUGACGGUAUCGCUAAGCUAGCCUUGACUGAGGUGGUGAUGUUCGACCGUGCAGUGAAGAUCGCCUCCCAGCUGACGGACGAGUCCAACACCCUGACCAUCGUCACUGCUGACCACUCUCAUGUCUUCACAUUUGGAGGAAAUACCCCCCGUGGAAAUCCAAUAUUUGGUCUUGCACCCAAGAAUGCAGAUGAUAUGAUGCCCUUCACCAGCAUACUGUAUGCUAAUGGACCAGGGUACACACACAUCAAUGGGACACGAGCGAACAUCACAGCAGUGGAUUACUUGGAUGAGGAGUACAUGCAGCAGUCUGCGGUCCCCCUGGACUCCGAGACACAUGGCGGAGAGGAUGUGACCAUUUACGCCAAGGGCCCCAUGGCCCAUCUCAUCCAUGGGGUGAAGGAGCAGAACUACAUUGCCCACGUGCUGGCCUACGCAGCCUGCCUGGAGCCCUAUGCUGACUGCCCCUCUGACUCGGUGAGCCCCAGCAGGGCUGAACCUUUACGUCCCAAGUUGCUCCUGUGCUUAGCUGCCAUAAUGUGGCUUGUGCCUACAUGACAUCGGCUACCAUCGUCCCCUUCCCAGAGACAGUGUCUUCAGCACACCUUCCAAAAACUCCUGAAGGUAAUCAACAUACUCGAUGGAGAGUAUUACUCAGGAAAGUCUGACUUGAUCCAUUGUGUUUCCUCAUAACACCUGAGUUCUGAUUUCUGUGAGACACCAAGCAUUUUUAUAGUUACAUGAUGUUUAUGGUAUUUUGCAGACCAGCGUUAUCACAUGGGGGACAUACAGACACUAAUAAAGAAAUAAUGAAUGUUUAAGUUGUCAAAAUUUCAAGGUUGUUUCUUUAUAAAUAUCAGUUUAAUAGAUAUUGAAACACAACCUGUACAUCAGAAUGCAAUCCAGACUGAAACUAGUAUAAUUUUUUUUUUUGGAUCUGUUAUAGUAACUUGCUUUUUAAAUAAUUCCUACACAUGAUUACAAAAAGGGAUACAUCUCAUCAUCAUUUCCUUUUAUGGUAAUUUGAUGUACAAUAUUAUGUUUUGAAUAAUAAAAGGUUCUUAUGA